AUGAUUUUGUUCCUGAUCCAUUUUCAUGCUGUUUUCUCGCUGAUGAACGGGCGCGAUGCUUGGUUUCCUUCAUCAGAAGGCUUCGGGUACGAAAUCGAUGAACAAGCAGGGACAAUUACUUUUAUCCUGGAGGAUCUUGACCCGAUGCCGUAUUAUCUUGGAAUCGGAUGGAAUAAUUACACUCACGACGAGAGCUACCACACCAAGACCAUGACGAACGCUGAGCUUAUGAUUUGGGAUGGAGGAUCAAAACAUGCCGGUGAAAAAUAUUUGGGAUCAAUUUGGACCUACUUCGGAAUUGAAAAAAUUGGCCGUCCAAGUUACGACGAUGACGCGAUGAGCCACUGGACAAGGACGCCCGGAUCUUCGCAUCCCGACGGCAAGCCCCGCUGGAGUCGAAGUCUCAAGCGCCCCGAAGGAUGCAGCAAAUGCAUCGAAAUCAAGAAGAAUCAAGAGUACUGGGUCAUGUCGGCGCGGGGCAAAAUUUUCGACGGCGAAGCUGAAGUACAGAAGCAAAAAGAUGAUCCAAAAUACGCCGCUUGGUCGAACUGGCCAGGCCCAAGAGCUGGUUAUCAUUACGCAAAGACGCAGCGCGAAAAAGUGAUCAUCUGGAAAGAACAUGACUUGGACGACUUGAAUCACAUGACAAAUCAUCACCCGGACAACUGGAAUCAACGAGCAAGCCAAAUUGGCCAGAAAGAUUUGACGAAUAUUCCUCAGAAUUCUGCAAUUAUAAUUUCUGUUUUUUCAAGUCUCCUGUUUUUCUUGGGAAUAAAUUUACUCUAG